AUGGCAGAAGGGACGCUUGCUUCUGCAGUCGCAGUGCCUGAGCACGACAUCCUUGCUCCAUCUCCAGAUGCCACCCUCAAGCGAAGAAAUUCAUCUACUACAGAUCCGGAUCCAGAUAGCAAGCGUCGCCGAUUAAGUACCCAAGAGGAGAAGGAUCAUCCAGCAUCGGAUCGCAAGCCUUCAUUUUCAGAUACACCAGAGCAGAGGCCGGGCCGAAGGGCCAGUCGGCAAGCAAAUGGUCGCGAUGAGGAGCGGAAGCGCGGACAACGACUAUUCGGAGCACUACUCGGGACGCUUUCGCAGAGGUCCAGUACAGCAGCUGAGAAGCGGCGAGCAGACAUUGAACGGAAGCAACAAGAUAAAUUGAAACUUCAAGACGAAGAGUACGAUGAGUUGAAAAGGAAGAAGAGGGAGGAGCGAGUCGCACUCAGAAAGAAGCAACAGAGAUACUACGAAGAGGAAUCGAUGCGAACCCGGCACUCGAAUUUGUUGGCAAUGGCACAUUUCUUGAAGACAGAAUCGGAGCCAGUGCUGUACUACAAGCCAUGGCAAUUGCGGCCCGAGGAUGAGGACUCAAUACGCCGCCAGAUUGAGGAAGCAGAAGCUACCAUCUCCCGAGAACGCUCUGAAUUCGAAGCACGCCAUCCUCCUCAGGAGGAAAGUGAGUCGAAGGAGGAAACAGAGACCCAAGCUGGUAAUCAACAAGAAGCUCCGCAGCCCGACACCGAUGUCCAACAGCCCAAAGAUACGACCAAGGAAAGCUCAGACAAGGCGAACGCUGAAGCUUCUGUACCCGAAACUGUCAACGACGUUCCGGCGUCAGUCAAAUACACCGGUUCAGAUGACCAUCGGGCGGCUGAUGACGAUGGGGGAGAGGUGGUCGAGGACAAUGAGGAUACGGUGAUUUAUUAA